AUGUCUUGCACACAGACUCGGUGUGUAAGCAGAGCAUUUUUCAUUCUAUCUGAUUCUUCUAUUCUUCUCUUACAAAAAAACCCAGCUAGAAUACCAGAAACUGUAACAUCCUCAACUGAGCUUGUUCCAGUUCCUGAACCAUCUUAUGCUAGGGAGAUCCGCCAGCCUGCAUCAUUGCCACCUGUGUCAGAUGCAGGAUCAUCGGAACUUAAGUUACGACUAGAUGGUUUCCAGAAAUCAGCGAAUGGGGUCACACAAAUAGAUAGCGCGAGCACUUCAAAUUCAAAAGCACAUAAUACUUAUGAGUCAAGGAGGCCCCAGGUUGAAAUUUCUCCAGAAAAGCAGAAGCUUGCCAGUUCACUGUUUGGGGGAUCAUCAAAAACCGAGAGGAGGCCAUCUUCUGCCAACCAUAAGGUGUCUAAGGAAAAUAUCCAUGCUUCAGAGAAACCCCAGUUAGAAGGGCUUCUUGAUCAAACUGAAGUUGCAUUAACUGCAAAUCAUGGUGCAGCUGGUGCUGCUAAGACACCUGAUGUUAUGGGAUUAUAUGCAGAUACAUCUCUCAGCGGGCUCAGUAGCAGUGUUGGCGACCCUUUGCCAACCAAUAGGGAUGAGUUUAAUCUUGCAUCUGACUUAUCAAAUGCUACAAGAACUGCUCAAAGUGGGGUAACACAAUUGAAUAAGGGUCCUAACCCUAAAGAUUCCUUGGAAAAGGAUGCACGUGUAAGGCAGAUGGGUGUGACCCCAACAAGUCAGAAUCCCAACUUGUUUAAAGAUUUGCUUGGCUAA